UGUCAAUGUCAUUUAACCAUCAAAACUUGUUUUGGUUUUGUGUUCCACUAUCCUGAUUUGUAUAAAAUCUUACUGAAAUACAAAUGUUCUAGUUAUUAUUGUAGAAACAUAAGAUCGCCUCUUGGUGUGGCACAAUGACUGCUGUAAGAACAUGUCCUGGCUUGUACUGCGGUCGCACUGAACUCGAUGAUGGGUCGUGGAGCGACUGCGGUGCUUGCCCUCGAGGAUUUCGCACUAAUUCCACCAGCUACUGCGUCCCAUGUACCGAUAAACCAACUUUAUAUGACGGCCUGUAUCUUGGGUUCAUGGUUUUAUUACCUAUGGUACUGCAUUGGUUUUUUAUAGACAUGGUUGCUGUGGCCAAGGGCACCAAAAAUAUUCUGGUUCAACACAUAUGUGCGUUUGUGGAAGUUGCAACAGGCACGCUGGCAGCUUUACUAGUGCUGCCCCCAACAGGCACUAUAGCUUUACAUGUCUGUUCUCCUAAGGCACUGUCUGACUGGUACACAUUACUGCAUAACCCUCAACCUGAUUAUAAGGAGACCCUGCAUUGUACUCAGGAGGCUGUGUACCCUUUAUACACAGUCGUCCUACUAAUAUAUGCAUUCAGUUUAUUGAUGACAAUAACAUUGAGGCCGUGGUUGUUGACAUGGGACUCGGUCAAUCCUGGCAAGAAGGCAAUAUACUGCGCACUGUACUUCUAUCCUAUAUUAGUGCUCAUACAUACUGUCGCUGCGGGAUUGAUUUAUUGUUCAUUCCCGUACAUCAUCAUAAUAAUAUCAAUGAUGACAUCAGCAUCGCAUUUCUCAAUCAAAAUCGAGCAGACAGCGCCAGCGCUCCUGAUGUCAUCCCUUACCAACACGAGAAACCUGAUUAUACUAUUGGGUCAUUGGGUGAUACAUGCUUAUGGGAUCAUCUCUCUGACUGGUUUCAAGGAAUUGUGGUACUUAUCUCUGGUGCCUGCCCCAGCGUUGUUCUACAUCCUAACUGCGCAGUUCACUGACCCCAUGAAGAUUCACAGCGAUUGACAAGAGCGCCAAGCAUUCGUAAAGCUGGUUCUACAUUGACUUUUGAUAGUGGUUAUGUGAUUUUCUUUGCUGUAUGUAAAUAUAAUAGUGCAGUGAUCAAGUGGGAGCCAGUACGAAUGCUUUAUGGCGGUCUCAGGUUGGAUUGCAUAGCGUUGUUAAGUUUAUCAAGCAAAAUUCUCAGUGCCGGCGUAAGGGCCACUGAUAUCCUGGGCGAAAAUAUUGUAGCGCCCACUUGAGGGAAGCAAUAUCAAGUGUUAGUUUUUUGCUGAUCCCAAGUAAAAUUAUUUAAGAAUUUCAUCUUUCCUUAUGCACAGAGCGUAGAGCACAGUUCUGAGGGUUUGCACCAGGAGAGGCAAGAGACUCCAACUUCAGACCUUGGUGCCGGCACUGGUUAUAUCAUAAAGUUAACCACCUUAUUGUAUCUCUGCGGUCAGGUGUGAUUUCAUAUUUUAUUAGUUGUUAAUUGUCCAUAAUUGUCAUUGUUUAUAGUAGUCUUAGUUAAAUUAUUAUUAUAUAUUAGUAUAUUUGUAAGUAUUGACUAAGGGGACGAACUUAGGAUCUUAUGGGAUCUCAGACUCGUCCUCAGUCCUGUUAAAAGUUUUAUACGUGUAUUUUGAGUUGUGAAUAAGUAGCAAUAUGGGCCUUAAAACUAUAUUGGGAAUAGGGUACAUUUUGACUAAUUUUUAUUUAAAUGUCCCUCUUGUAAAUUAUUUUUUAUUUUCUUACGGAAACAAAUACUUUCGAAAAUAUAUCGAUUUGAAAUACGUCACUUCUAGGUACAUUUUAUACAUAGAAAUGACGUAUUUGCUCCCACUCCUUAACUUUGAUUCGUUUUAUCCAAGUAUUGUUAUCUUAUAUGACAAAAUAAAAAAUACGUGUCAAAUAUUUUAUAAUUACCUAACUGACGGACGAAAUAGUUUUUGAAUUUUCGACUUGUUCGUCAACUGGCGAGUGUCAAAUUCGCGUGUUCAUCAAUAGUCCAGGUAUCUUUUAAUUUUGCAGUUAUAUGAGACCAUAGUAACCAGUCGCGAGUUGACGAACAAGUCGAAUUUUCAUAUUCCGUCAUCAUCUCUAUUACCGUCAUAUUAUGACCCUUUCUGCUUACUUCAAUGUUGAUAUUCGACUUGACUUAGUUGUGGUAUUUGUACAUAAUUAAUUAAUGUAUUUUGUGCACUUAAGAAGUUACUAUGUAAGUGUCUGUAUAGUUUAUUUACUAGCACACUCAGUCAUUUAAUGGUUACUUAACCCAGUCCUUAGCAAUAGUUUUCCAUACAAAAUCGUUACUAAAGAAUAGUUUAAGUAAGCAUUAAAUGACUCGUGAGUGAUGCAGUUGGUAAUAUGUUAAGAAUUAAUGAAAGGUAUCUUUCAAGAUUCGAUCUCGUUGAUAUUCCAACUGCUAUAGAUCACGAUUCACGAGGUCUUGUGGUAAGUUGUGUAGUUAAUCUGAUGAUUUUAUCUACUCACAUAAGUAUUUUUAUAAAUAAAUUACUGGAGAUAACUUUU